ACAUAACGAUUUUAAAACGACGAAACGUGAAGAGAUUCUGUUACAGUCUGACUAGCAUAAAUCUCGCGAGAUGUCAUUAUCGUCGCGUGAUGUAAGAUGGACGACAGAUUCAGGAACUUCGUAAAAAUUUAUAAAUAAUGAUGCAUAGUUAUGAUACGUGUUGUGUAUAUAAUUAACUUAUAAAUCAAAAUGGGAGGAAAGGAAUCUAAGCUUCAGUACUUUCCUUUCGAGGAGGCAUGCAGAAGGAUGAAAGAGACAGAACUAAAACGUUCCAAAGAUGCCUUCAAAAGAGUGGCCACUCUUGGGGGUCAAAUGUCGGACGUCGUUUUCUGUCGAGAAGUCUUGGGGGAAGGAGUUCCCCCGGGGAUCGCUAAUCUUUUAUACCGAGGGUUUGGAGGAACCUCUAAAGGGCUGUCCCUGAAGGACUUAUUGUGUGGGCUGGUUAUCCUCACCAAAGGCUCAGUGGAGGAGAAAAUCAAAUUUCUGUUUGGGAUGUAUGCUGAUGACAGUUACUCCUUUGUACAGAAGGAGGAGAUGGACCGAUUAGUUCUGGAGUCUGAGGGACAGGUCUCUAAUGCUCUCUCGGACCUCUUUAGUGAGAAUGAUCAGGUGACCUUUGAUUAUUUUCGACUGUGGGUGAAAGCUCACCCUGAUGCCACGGAAAUGACAAAAUGGCUGCUGAUGGAACCUAUGACCGUCAGUCUCUCGGACGAUACGGACACACCCACUUUCUAUCAGACUCUGGCUGGAGUCACACACUUGGAAGAGACAGACAUUAGUGAACUAGAGAAAAGGUACUGGGCUCUGAAGUCUCAAUCCAAAAGUGGGAAGUUUGACCUUGACACAUUCAAGGCCAUGGUCUGCCCACCAGUGCCAGAGGCUAUUUGUGAAAGCCUUUUCCACGCAUUUGAUGAAAACCGAGAUAACCACAUAGACUUUAAAGAGAUGGCUUGCGGAAUUUCAGCUUGCUGUAGAGGGCCAGGCACUGAGAGACAAAAAUUUUGCUUUAAAGUGUUCGAUAUUAACCAUGAUGGAAAGCUAUGUGAGAGGGAACUAGUACAAAUGGUCAAGGCUUUACUGAGAAUACGGCAGGAGAACCAACCAACAAACACAAUGGAGUGUGAUCCAUUCUAUAACAUGGACCCAGAACUUGUCGCCAAAGAGAUCCUGGCGAGUCACGACGGGGACAAGGACGGGUGUUUAACUCAGGCAGAAUAUUUAGUAUGGACAGUCAACAACACACUGGCAGACAAUUUCCUAGAUUUACUCAGUCAGAUAUGCCAUUUGGUUAUGGGUCUCAAACCUCAAACAAAGGAAGAGGAAGGGGAGAUAAUCAAGGGAUUCAGGAUGAUGAGACAGUGGCUCCAGCGAGAAUCUAAGAAGAGUUUUGAGAUAGGACAGGUGUGGUACCUGAUCAGCAUGACAUGGUGGAAUUCCUGGAUUGAAUAUGUCCAACCUCCGAUCCAGAUGUCAAAUGGCAGACUAGACAGUGGAGAACAGGUCCGAAUGAAUGGAACAGAAGCUAUGCACAAAAUCACCAAAAGCAAGCACUCCUCCAAAGCCCUACCCUGGGACGACGACUCAGUGAUAAUUGUGAAUAUGAUAACAAAGGGAAAGAACUCUGAAUACAACACCUCAAUUAAUGGUGGUUUCAAAUCCAGCACAAUCCCACAAAGAUCCCAGUCGGCAUGCAGCAGUCCAAUCAAGACUUGUCUUUCUGCCUCAGACUCUAAUGGACUCACUAGUGUUAGUCCAGGCCCCUCCCCCAAGCUCCGCAAGAAAGGACUUCAGCAGACCAAUUCUCAACCUGUGAAACCUGGGCCAAUUGAUAACACUAAUCUUAUUACUCCAAACAAUUCAAAGGUUAUAAGUCUGACCAAUGAGGGAGGCAGACUACGGAGGGACACUAUGCUGGUGAGGGGUAAGGAUUUUGAGUUGGUGCCUGAGGUCAUAUGGCGAUCACUGUCAACCUGGUAUGGAGGAAAUAUCGCUCUACCCAGAACCGUGAUUGCUUCUAAGAAUAACAAUGGCAGUCCGGAGCUGGAGCUGUACCCUGUGACGGUGAAGCUGUUACGACACCAGGUGGUUCCUCAACGUCCCAACCCCACCUCAUUCUCAGGGGUCAUGUCUGGAAUCGGGGGCAUGGCACUAAGCAUGACAAACUACGUCUCCAGUGCACCGCCUAUACCGAGGCGCUAUGUUGCUUUCACAGCAACCUUCAGCAAGCAACACACCAUACAGCAGGUGUAUGAAUUUCUCUGUACCAAAGUCCGAUUUGUCAGGGAGGACAUCAGGUUAUGGAAAAUCGGAAGUAAAGAUGAUAGCAUGACACUCCUAGAAGAUGAAUCCAUGACAGUAGAGGAUUGUGGAGUAGAAGAAAACCAGUCUCUAUUGAUAGAGGUCCGAAACAAGGACUUGACAUGGCCUGAAGAAAUGUCUCAGCUGGCAAAAAAUAAAACAUGUCGGAAAGAACAAGUACCCACCCAGAAAGGAGCUACAGGUCUUAACAAUUUAGGAAACACUUGUUUUAUGAAUGCUGCUGUACAGUGUGUGUCUAACACUUGGCCUUUAACUCAGUAUUUUAUUGGAGGACUACAUCUGUUUGAACUUAACAGGUCUAAUCCACUUGGGAUGAAGGGACAUAUUGCUCAAAGAUACGGAGAACUAGUCAAGGAUCUGUGGAGUGGAACCUCCAAAACCAUAGCUCCUCUUAAACUACGAUGGACCAUUGGUAAAUAUGCACCACGUUUUAAUGGCUUUCAACAGCACGACUCUCAGGAAUUACUUAGCUUUCUUUUAGAUGGUCUCCAUGAGGAUCUCAACAGGGUUCAUGUAAAACCUUACGUAGAACUGAAGGACAGUGAUGGCAGACAGGAUGAAGUGGUGGCUGAGGAGGCAUGGGAAAACCACUUACGGAGAAACCAGUCCAUAAUUGUUGAUCUCUUCCAUGGCCAACUCAAGUCCCAAGUGCGCUGUAAAGAAUGUGGACACAUGAGUGUCCGUUUUGACCCAUUUAACUACCUCUCUCUCCCCCUUCCCAUGGACAGCUGUAUUCAUCUAGAAGUUAUAGUAACAAGACUGGAUGGAUCUGUGCCUGUCAAAUACGGCAUUCGACUCAACAUGGAUGAAAAAUACAAAGCUCUGAAGAAGGAGCUCAGUAGUUUGACAGGAAUUCCUCCAGGACAGAUCCUGUUUGUGGAAAUCAUGGGACCAAUUGUCAAGGCAUUACCACAGGAUAAUCACAAGGUAAAGACUCUGAUAGGAGGAGUGUUGUAUGCCUAUGAGCUCCCGCCUCACGAGGAAAUCAAACCCAUGACCAUUGAGGAGGAGAAAGGAACCGUCCCCAAAAACUCUGUAGGCCUCAAUGAUAUUCAGAGAGGAUUGGCCACAAAAAAAAUUCAACAGAAAUUAGAAAAUGGUCCCACCUCAAUGUCCACUUCGUUAACAGUGGAGGAUAACUCUGCUAACAACACCCCCACACAUUCCCGCCAACCAAGUGAUGUCCCUACCAUGGGAAGUCUCCAACCCACCCCAGAAAACCCUGCCCCCAAAGCCACCGCUGAACUCUUCUCAGGCUUUGUCAUCGGGGUGCACAGAAAAAUGAACCUGAUGGAUGUGUACUUCUUGUCCUCACAAAAGGCCCGCCCUGGGCUGUUUGGGACCCCCAUUAUCCUCCCGUGUGUGGAGGAUACCACCAAUCAGGACCUCUAUCAGUUUGUGUGGACACAGGUGUCCAGACUGGUCAGUCCUCUCCCUCCCUCCGAGGUCAAGUCAGCCAACCACGCCCAGGACUGUGAUGACAGUUUGGGAUAUGAGUAUCCCUUCACGCUCAAAGUUGUCAUGAAAGAUGGAUUGUCCUGUGCUUGGUGUCCAUGGUAUAGGUUUUGUAGAGGAUGUAAGUUGGAGUGCAAUGCGGAUGACUUUAACUUUGGAAGUUCAUUUCUGGCUAUAGACUGGGAACCCACAGCAUUACAUUUACGAUACCAAACAGCUUUAGAAAGGUUAUAUGAGGACCAUGAGAGUGUGGAGGAGAGCCGGAGGAAGCAGACAGAGCCCAUUAACCUGGACACCUGUCUACAGGCCUUCACAACGGAGGAGGAGUUAGGAGAAGACGAACUCUACUACUGCUCCAAGUGUAAAAAACACUGUUUGGCCUCCAAAAAACUGGACAUCUGGAGGCUACCACCUAUACUGAUAAUUAACCUAAAAAGAUUCCAGUUUUUAAAUGGCCGAUGGGUGAAGUCCCACAAGAUAGUGAACUUUCCUAUAGAGAAAUUUGACCCCUCCAAUUACUUAGCUCCAAGAGCUGUUAGUGAACAAUCAGUGACUUGUGUGUGUCAGAGUAAUAAUUCCGCUGAAAUACAACCUGUGCCAAAUGGAGACAUUCCAAACCAUAAUGACCUACAGAUGGAAGUGGAGAAAGAUGAUAAAGAAUCCAAAGCAUUACCUUGUAAGAAAUGUCAGCUCAUUAAAAACAUUCCAACUGCUGAUGAACCCAUUAAGUAUGACCUAUCCUCUAUGUCAUGUCACACAGGAAUUUUGGGUGGAGGUCAUUAUGUCUGCUAUGCUAAAAACCCCAACCAGAAAUGGUACUGUUACAAUGACAGUAGUUGUAAGGAGUGCACGGUAGAGCAGAUGGAUUGUAAUUCAGCGUACAUUUUAUUCUACGAAAGAGAAAACAUAGACUUUAGUCAUUUUAUGCCAGACGUGGAGGGUAAAGAACCUGAUCUACAAGAAAUUGACGACGAGUUCGAAUCGGACCUGAAAAAGGCGUGUGUAAUUCAGUGAUCCUAAGUCAACAUGGUCAAGGGCAGUUAAGUUAAAAUGCAUGACAAAGUCGUAUAUUUGGUGAUUUCUAUGUUUAUUUAUGGAACAGCAGGUUUGAAAGUAAAAUAAUACUGUAGACAUACUUUUACUUAUAUGGGAUUAAACUAUAUCAUAUGUAUGCAUUGAAAAAUUUUUCUACUGAAAUUUGUCAUAGCAUAAUUAAAGUACAUGUAAGAUUUAAAGGGACAAUCCAAGAAAUCCAUGCAUCUGUGCAAUUUUCUGCCCAUUCCAUGGAAGUGUGACCCUUGGGAAAAAGUAUGUUUACAGUAUUUUAUUGUCUCUUUCUACAGUGCUUCAGUUCAUUAUUUUAAAUGAUUGUUUUUGGGGGUAUUGUGUUUUUUUUAAUGAUCCCCCUAUUAUUGUAAAACUCAUUGCUGAUAAUUUUAUUUUUAAUUUCAAACCAGUGAUACAUGUAUUGUCUACAAACACAAGAUGUAGAUGGUGUGUACAGUCAUUCCUUGAUUUGUUUUGUAUAUCUUUGUCUGUAUUGUUAUGUGAGAAAAAGAAACUUAGGGCAUAAAAUUUAAGAGGAGAAAGAAAUGAAAAUGAGGUAUUCAUCUUGAGAUUUUUUUGUGUUCAUAAGCAUGUUUGAUGCACCAAAUACAUUCACACUGCAGAAUAAUUUCUUAUUUUGCUCAGACCCCUUCCUUACAUCCCCUCUUUGUUUAAUAUUUCUUUUAAAUUUAUUGGAAUUGACAAAUUUAUGAAAGAUUGCUCUUCUUUCCAUUUAAUAUGGUACGUGUAUAUCUUUUUUGACUUUCUGAAUACAUGCUAGUGACAGAAUUAAAUGAUUUUAUACAGGGGUAAAGGCUGAACAAUUAUUAAUUACUGCUCAAGGAGAAUGUAGUUUAGAAUUAGUUUAAAGAUAUAGGAAAACAACUCUCCCUUUACUGAAAAUUAUAUAUUUAUAUAUACUGUAGGCAAACAAUUUUCCGCCUGGGUCAAAUUUCCAUAUUGUAUGUGGUCAUAAUUUGUUUGGAAAAAAAUUGUCUCAGUGUACUUAGAAUCUAUUGCAGAACAUCAAUUUGAAUGUUGAUAAUCUAAGAAAUCUUCAAAAUGUUCUACCCCUUGAUUAAACAGAUAUUGUGACUGCGGAAUUAUGACCCAGUGGAAAAGGUACUUUCAACAGUACAUAAAAUUGAGGUGGAUUACGUUGAGUUUGUUUUAUAUAAAAGCCUGAAAAUACUGAGAACAUACAAACAGAAAUUUGCUGCAAGGGCUUCAACUAUCAAAAUGUAUUCAGGAGUGCGUAGUGGAUAAGCUCUUUAUAACACUAUGCUUCAAUCUUGAAUUCAGCCCUGAUAAUGUUGCAAAUGUUAAAACCCAUUUUGGUUUCAAAAUCUAUUUUUAAUUCUUUUCUUAAACCCCCUUUUCACAAGUUCUUUAUCUAUGCAGUACCACUUUUUUUUUCUUAAUGUCAGUGAGGCCAUGGCCAGCUUUGGUGAUUAACUGAACCCUUUGGGUGAGAACAAAUCUUUGCAGAGGUGAUAAGCAAAUUUGUACAUGAUGAUAUUUGAAUAUUCUAGUCAUCUUUCAUAGACAUGACAUUGUACAUGUAUAACUGUAGCUCUAUCAGUUUGGAAAAGAUACAACUAUGUUUUAGAAGUAAAACAUAAACUUUAAAUUAGCGAUCAUUAAAUCAGUGUGUUUUUCAUGUUAGCUAAGUGUGUUGUUAUAGUAUUGCGGUACUUAGAUUAUUUCAGAAUGUGAUAGUUUAUACAAGAUAGUCAGAGCAGAUCAUUCAAGUUUUGUUGAAAUAUCUCAGAUUUUUAAGAUGUAAAUUAAAAUGAAAUAAAAUUAUUAUGGUGGUUUUGAUUUCAUAUUGUUAACAUUGAAUAAUUCUUUGGUCAGUCCAUUCUACCUCAUAAUCCUUUUGUUGAUGAGUCAAUCUAGUGGAAAAGGAAAUCUUUUCAUAAAUCAUUUACAUGCAUUUUUUUUAAUGUUCAUUAUUAUUUCACCUACAUUGUACAUUUUAUAGGUAAUACAGGUACCUCAAGUUCAAAUUUUUACAAUCCUGUUUGAUUGGUGAUGUGUUAAACUUAAUUUAUGAAAAUUAAUUUAUUACACCAUUAUGCAUCUGAAUUGAAACAUGUUUGUGAUUUUUUUUUUAUUUAGGAAAUGGGUCAAAUGCAAUUUCUACAUUUCUAAAAUACUGAGAAAAAUUGUGAGUUAUUUGAAUUUAUUUAAAUUCAAAAUUUCAAGUUACAUAUACUGUAGAUUUAACUUUGAUAAGAAUGAGGACUUGAUUAUGCAUUAUUUUUUAGAGAUGUGCUGUACAUUGGACUUUGCUGUUUAGAGUUUCAGAAAUUUUCUCAUACAAUGUACAUGUACAAAGUCGUGUAUAUUGAUAACGUUAUGUUGACUUUUUAUCUCAGACAUUAUCAAACCACUACUUUGUUUCAACCUCUUGUAAAAUGAGAUGUUCAAAAUUCAACAUCACUUUUUUAACAGGUGGAAAAGGAUGCUGAACAUUAAUUUCAAUUAGACUAUAUUGUUGAUAUGCAAAAUUACGACAGAAAGAAAGCAAUAUGUAUACAAUAUUUACAAAAAAAAGUUGCUUGUAGAAAUAUUCAUUCAUUAAUUCAUGUAAAGAAUCAGCCACUCACAUUUUAAAAAAUGCUUCUUUAGAUGCCUUUCUUGUGACUCGACAUAUUUACAUCAUAAACGCUUGCAUAUCUGUAUUUCGAUCAGUAUGUGCAACUUCAAUCAUUUUCUAAAUCAGCUCUGCUGUUCUGUUAAAAAAAAAAAAACAGCAUGCAAGCCUAAUCCAGAGAUUAAUUGAAUCCAUUUAGUGAUGAAAUCUUGUCCAUCAUUUAUCACAUGUUUUUGAUAGUGUUGAUUUUUUUUUUUAAGAUUUAAAGGUUAAUUUCUGUUACGUACUGUAGAUAUCCAUAGGAAAAUCCAAUAGUACAAUGAUUUUUGUUAAAUACCGUAAUUGUUUGAUGGUUACAUGUUGACUGUGAUUCUAUAUAUAACUUGUGAUUUGUCUUGUAUAGAUGAUUGCAGUUAUCUGUGAUAUUUAGUCGUUUUUGUUGAUGCUUAAUAUUCCACAUUUGUAGGAAGCAUCAUUGCCAUUCCUAUAUUCAGUAAAACUUUAUUUAAAAAAUCAAAACAA